GCGCCCCUUGCGCUCCGGCUCAGGUGCCCUGCGCGGGGAGGCGCGCGUCCCGGGCGCCUUACCUGGAAACAGCUGGUCCAGAUCCUGAACGGCUGGGGGGCCCGGAGGGGGGAUGGCGGGCGGCCAGCGAGCUUGCCGCCUCCUCCCCCUCGGAGGGCUGUCUCACUACAAGCCGCACUUCCUUCCCAGCCCUGUGAAGCGUCCACGGCCAUCUGGUUUGUCGCGUGUGCAUCUGCCCAUUGGCUGCCUCCCGGGCCCGUGAGGGGCAGGCUUGGUGCCCGUGGAACCUAAGGGGUGAUGGAGCAGUAAAGGGGGGGGGGGUGGAAGGAGACAAGGUAGACGGAGAAGAAGGGAUGCAGGUUGGCGGAGCCUCUCCCAGGGUGGAGAGGGUCCCUGCUGUCACCGUCCUAGAGGGACCUCCGGGUCUCCUGGCCCAGGAGGAGUGCUGCGGGGGGGGGGGGGGGGGCGCCAGGGGGAGGCCAGUGGCCCGGGAGUGGCCCCUCCACGCUCCGUGGGGGAUGUCUGCCCUUUGGGAUACAGAGGCAGGGUGUGCAAAGCCGAGGGGGGUCCUGGAGGUCCCUGUCGUCCUCUCCUUCUCCCUAUCCUUGCUGCCUCGCCUCCCCCCCACUCCCCCAGGCGCCGGCCCCAGAAGCAGCCUGGAGAAGGCGGGCGGCGGCAGCCAGAGUCCACGUCUGUGGUCACACGUGCAGGAGGGGCUCGCACUCGCCCCUGGCGUGCCUGGCGGGCCACCCAGCACGCUGUUCCAGCCGGCACGCGGCCGUGGGUGCGUGGCGAGCGCAGCGAUGACCUCGGCGGUGAGCCCGUGGCUCUGGCGUGGAUGCCGGAUGCUACUGAGGAUCCAGCUCGGGCUCCGUUCCCCCAGGGCCGGCUGCCAGGCGGGAGGCCCGCUCUUCUGCCUGGGGCUCGGGGCCAUCCUUGGCCACAGCCCCCCCAUCCCACCCAGCUGUGGCCAUCCCAGCUGGGCCCCGGGGCUGGGGCUGGGAGUACCUCCCUGGCUCUCUGGCCAUCAGGAGACAACCCUGACGGAGACAUACAGGCCCUGUGCGUCCAGAGAAGGCUCCAGAGGGGGCUGCGGGGUUCAGAGGAGCUUGGCAGCAAGGACAGGGGAGGAAGCCCUGGAGGGGCGGGGUGGGGGGGGCCAGAGGGGGAAGGGUUCUCAGCAUGCUGCCUGCAGGGAGGGAGCCCCUGCCGGAGGUGACCCCUCGGCUGCCCGUGGGCCGGGGUGGGGACGCCCGGGACGGAGGCUGAGGGUCCCGCUGAAAGGGGCCCAGCCUGCGCUCGUCUCCUCCCAUCCCCUGCCCUGGUCGUAA